AUGACCAUUGAAGCGAAUAAAGAUGAAGCUGAGAAAUGCAUUGAAAUUGCACAAGUGGCGUUUAGAUCUGGGAAUAUAUCGAAAGCGGAGAGAUUUCUGCUGAAAGCUGAAAUGUUAUACCCUAGUCCACACGCCAAGGAGCUUCUGGCUAGAGUUAGGGCUGCGAGUGGCUCCGGAAACGCCUCUAAAAAGACACCUCCCAGUAGCCCUAGUGCCGAUGAAUUACGACGAAGGAAAACUCCAAAUCAUCAGCCACAACAACAAGAGUACACUUCAGAACAGAUGGAAGCAGUUAGAAGGAUCAACACGAAAUGCAAAGAUUAUUAUGAAAUACUAGGAGUCACCAAAGAAGCGACAGAUUCAGAUAUUAAAAAGGCUUAUAAGAAGUUAGCGCUGCAGUUGCAUCCUGAUAAAAAUCAUGCUCCAGGGGCUGCCGAGGCUUUUAAGGCUAUCAGCAACGCGGCGGCGAUACUGACGAAUCCUGAGAAGAGGAAGCAGUACGAUCUCCGCGGAGACGAGCCGGCUCCCAGUCACCACCACACGUAUUACGCGAGAGGAUUCGAAUCGGAUUUGACAGCGGAGGAGCUGUUCAAUAUGUUUUUUGGGGCCACAGGUGGGGGGAUGUCGUUCACGGCGUUUCCGGGUGGUUCGCCCCCCGCGUACCGCCGCCGGGCCCGCGAGCCGGAGCCCCGAGACAGCCACGCGGGCCUAGUCCAGCUACUUCCGGUCAUAGCCCUGGUUCUAUUAUCUAUGAUGUCCGGUUUCUUCAUCAGCGAGCCAGUGUACAGUCUGGCGCCGUCACCCAAAUACCCUGUGCCUAGAGAGACGGUCAACCUUAAGGUGCCGUACUACGUGAAAGAGAAUUUCCACACAGACUACCAAGGAUCACUGCGGAGACUGGAAAUGGCUAUUGAGGAAGAAUAUAUAGUUGGUCUUCGUCACGCGUGUCAACGUGAGAGGAACUAUCGUGACAACGCCGCUUGGAAGGCCAGGAACUUUGGUGACGCAAGACAACACGCUGACGCUACAAAGAUGAGACUACCCUCGUGCGAGAAGCUGCAAGCCUUCCAGAGAUAA